ACAUAUUAUGGUCAGGCCAGUUGGCCCCUGCGCCAUGCGCCCUGCGUCCUGCCCCGCUACCGCUAAGGUAGUUAAUGACCGGAGCCUAACGUUAACUUGCAGGAGGCUGCAUUUGUCGCAGCAGCGCUACUGAUCCGUACGUUGUGAGAAGAGGUUGCGCGUCGCUCGCUUGUCCGACGUACUUCACUUUAUUUGAUUCACGAAACUUUUGUCAGACUUUCCGGGAGGACGAGAUUCAGUAGGUGAUCUCACGUCCUACACCAGCCCGGUCGCCCCAAUUAGCAUCGUUAUCGUUCCGUGUAGAUGGCGGGCUUUGGAGGGUGCUUUGAAUCGUCGUGAUAACCCAGAUUACCACCCAUUACUUGUCCAUUCCGUCCGCUCGUUCAUCUUUAUUCAAUUUGAAGCUGACGACAGUCGGACACUGUCACCCUGGUACAACAUGCCGAAACAACAUACACUAUUUGGCCGGCCUGUGCGACUAGGGUCGCGUCGCAUUUCCUUCCUGCUCGUUGGUUUGGGCUUGUUUGCCCUCUUCACUCUCUUCGUCACACUACCGGGCUCGAUACCACAGGGCCCCAGCCUGUCCAAGACCCUCGCCGAACACAAAAUACCUGUGCCCAAGGUGCAUAACCCCUUCUCAUCGAGCAUCCUGAACCCAUUCCGGCCCGCAGCCCACAAGCCCGACGAACAGAAGAAUUCUACUUACGGUGGAAGCUCCUGGUACUCGAAUUGGAACUGGCGAGCACCGUUCUCGUCCUCGGUAACUCUCGACGAGAAUCGAUCACUACUGCCGCCGAUCAAGCCAAGGCCACCAAUCUACUGCUACUACGACCCAACUCUGCUGAAGGAGGCUUCAACCAAAGAGGCGGAAAGUGAUUUGCUGCUCACAUGGCGACGUGCGUGGUGGGCACAAGGCUUCAAGCCUAUCAUUCUGAGUGCCGCCGAGGCAAUGAACAAUCCCUUGUAUGACGAGGUGCAGCGAAUGAACUUCGAGCCGACUUUCAAGACGGACAUGAUGCGCUGGUUGGCUUGGGAGAACAUGGGAGGCGGCCUGCUUGCGCAUCACCUCCUGUUCCCCAUGGCCCCGCGAGCUGAUCCAUUGCUGUCCUUCCUGCGAAGAGGCGAAUACCCCAAGCUAUCAAGAUUUGAGGGCUUCGACGACGGCCUGUUCGCCGGCCCCAAAGCUGACAUCACAGCCGCUGUGACGACCGCCCUGCGACAUCCUCAGAUCAAGGAUGCAAAGGACAUCAUCACAGCUGUGCCUGCAGAUACCUUCGACGUCGACCCCAAGCAUGACGGCUUGGCUUUCUACAAUUCUAAAGUCGUCGAAAAGCACUACAUCAAGGUAGCAGACCAGCUUGUGGCGAACGUCCCAACCGGCCUCCAGAGCUUGAACUACCUCAUCAACGCGCAUCUUCAUGUGGCCUGGCAGGACGCAUUUCCCAAGGGUAUAGCCGUUCUCAAGCCAUUGCCUCAACAUACCACUUCCAUGGUCGAGCCCGCUUUGGAUCUUGCGACUUGGCUAACUUCGUGCCCCGAUUCGCCAAUACCCGCCUCGUGCCCACCCAACAUCCCCAAAUGCACUCCUUGUGUAUCAUCGCAUCCCAUGAAGAUCGCGACCCCCGCUCGCUACCGAAACACCACGGGCCUGUACACCAUCGGUACCGUGCCACACCCCUACACCAUCGCGGCUCUCAACACCCUGAAAUCCGAUAUCGACAUUCCUUGGGUUCGUCGAAAGAUGGAGCGAGACCUGUGGCUGGCCGAACUUACGAAGGAGCACUCCGGUACGGGUGUGUCUGGCAGUGCCCGGGUAAUUACCUUCAAGGAAGCUGUGGCCGGCGAGUUCGCAACAUCACACUCCCUAUGGCUGACUGCUGAACGCGAUACGCUCCCCCACGAUCUGGAUUGGUGGUUCGGCUUCGCUCUACCUGUUAAUUCUACCGGCAAUGGCCAGUCUGAGACGCCUGUUCCCGGUCCCGAGCGGCGGCCGAAGCCUGUCCAUGAUCCUGCCGAUGGACCCGAACCCACACCGGAGGAUCUUAGACAGGAACCGGAUUUGAUGAACAAGGCAAGGGCCAUUGGCAAGAGCGAGGAAAAGACUGAGAUAAGCCUUCGUGACGCGAUCGAGGCCUGGAAUCUGGCAGAUACGGAGGCGUGGAAGUUCGCCCGUGCUUUCCUAGCCCGAUCCCGGGUCGAGCGUCUGAAGUGGGAAGAGGAAGAGAAGAAAUACGCUGGCGGCGCAGGCAGCGAUAAGGAGAGCAAGCGCAGUGGCUGGAGCCGAUGGACUGAAUAGUUGUACAUGAUGUAGGAAAUAGGGUGAUCAUAGAGAGAAGGCAAGGCUAUGCCCUCAUUGGAUGUACCAAAGUGAAACUGUUACUAAUGGUCCUUGUCGGUCUGGAUGGCGCGGAGUUUCGGAGUGUUUUGAAUUUUUUGUUUGUUGAAUAGACCAAGAAAAUAUUUCGAUUCGUUCAAAAUGUCUUUACAUGGCCG